CAUUUCUUUGUCCUGCCCCUCUCCACUCCCUUCCUCAGACAACCUUAUAUUUCCUGCUUACUGCAGGUUCUCUCUCAUUCCACCCAAAGGACACCUGAUUGCUGUGAUACUAAACAUUCUGUAGGUGGAUCUGAAAUAGACUGCUUUUCAAUGGAUCUCUCCAAAAUCAUUGUGAUCUGCUUGGUCUUCUGCUGUGUCUGGGAUACAGAAAGUCGGAAAACAAAUACACUCCUAAAAGUGCCAAAUGGAGCCCGGUGGGGUGAUUGGGGAGAAAUACAAAUCUGUACAUCAGGACAUGCAAAAGGAUUUGCAAUUAAGGUACAAGAACCACAAGGUAUGGGCGAUGAUUCAUCUCUGAAUGCCAUCCGUCUUUAUUGUGAGUCUGGAGAAACAAUUGAGUCAACAGCUGGAGUGAAAGGAGAGUGGUCAAACAGUAUAAAUUGUUCCAAAGGCUUCCUGAACUCCUUUUCUCUAAAUGUGGAAAAAUCACAGGGUCCGCUUGAUGAUAGCGCAGCCAACAACAUUAAGUUCAAAUGUCAAGACGGGGAAGAGCUGAAGGGCAAUUCAUAUGAGUGGGGUACAUUUGGACCCUGGAGCAAGCCUUGUGAAACUGGUGCAAUAUGUGGGAUCCAAACAAGAGUGGAGCCUGCCAACCGUGGAUUCUUUACUGAUGACACUGGACUUAAUGAUGUUCAGUUCUACUGCUGUGAUUAAAGUAGAAGAGUUUUAGCCUGCUGACAACAGGGUGAAAAGAUGUCUAUAUUGCUAGUUCAUUGGUGCCAUUAAUCUUCACUACCAUUAAACAAAGAGAAAAAUG